UAAAAAACCAACCAAACAAAAGGUUUCAGGAGAUCCACUGGACAUACUCAGAGACCUGGAGCCUAAAGGAACUGCCUGGCUCGGCUGGGAUAAAGAGACCAACCUGUCAUCAGUGCUCAGAAGUGGAGCCUUCUGCCUGAAAACCCUUCAUGAUGAGUGUGCAGACCCCACCCACACUCAUGCAGCUGGCACGGAAGGCUCUGCUGAGAAAUGAGGCCUUGGCCAUCUCUGCUCUGGAGACACUGCCCACGGAGUUCUUCCCAGGCCUCUUCAAGGACGCCUUCCAUGACAGACACGCUAGGAUUGUGAAGGCAAUGGUGGAAGCCUGGCCUUUCCCCUGCCUCCCUGUGGGGACUUUGAUGAAGACUCCCAACUUGGAAACCUUCCUGGCUCUGCUUGAUGGCAUAGACACGUAUCUGGACAGAAGGUUUCACCCCAGGAGGGAGCAACUUCAGGUGCUCGACCUGAGGCAAGUGUGCUAUGACUUCUGGAGAAUAUGGACCGGAACAGAGGGUGGGGAGGGCGCUGCAGAGACUGUGGAAGAGAAGCAAGUAGUGAAGGUUCUUCCCAGGUACACACUGAGGAGGCGUCUGAAGGUCAUAGUUGAACUCUGCCUUUGGCCCAACUUGAGAGAAGAACAGGCAUGCUUCCUGCAGUGGGCCAAACAGAGAAAAGACUCCCUCCAGCUCCUCUGUACGAAGAUGAAGAUCAAGGUAAUGCCCGCAUGCACCAUCAAAGCGCUCUUGAAUUUCCAGCCGCAGCACAUUGAAGAACUGGACCUGUACUUGGUGUAUGAUGUGUCCACCCUGGAAUGUUUCGCUCCCUGCCUCGGCCAGAUGAGAAGUCUUCACAAACUCUCCCUGACUCUUAUCCGGAACACUAUGAGAUUUGGCAACAGAACACCAUUCAUAGAAGAGGAGUGUGCCAGGACAUUGAUUUCUCAGUUCUCCAAGUUUAACUGUCUGCAACAUCUCUCCUUAACUGGGGUCUAUUUUCUGAGAAACCACAUGGAACAGUUACUCAGGUGCCUGACAACCCCCUUGGAGACUCUCACCACCACUGGCUUCCAUCUGUCACAGCGCGACUUGGAUUACUUCCCCUUGUGUCACAGCCUCUGUCAGCUAAAACAUCUGGACAUGAGUGGUGUGAUAUUAUUGACCUCAUAUCUUCCGCCUCUCCGAGUUCUGUUAGAGAAUGUGGCGGACACUCUGCAGUCCCUGGACUUGCAGUGCUGUGGGAUGAGGGACUCUCACCUCACUGUUCUCAUCCCUGCCCUCAGCCAGUGCUCACAGCUCACUAAGUUAAACUUGUACGACAAUGACUUCUCCGUGCCCAUCCUGAAGGACCUUUUGCACCACACAGCCAACUUGAGGAAGCUGAGUGUGGAACAGUACCCUGUUCCUCCACAGUGCUAUGAUGAGUCAGGUUACAUCUCUGUAGAGAGAUUUUCCCAUAUUUGCCAUGAGCUCAUGGGUACACUCAGAGCCAGAAGGCAGCCCAAGGGUAUCUCCUUUGCUACCUAUACCUGCAGUAAAUGUACUGCGCGCUGUGUGUAUGACCAGGCACCCAGACUUUGUUUUUGCUGGCCAUAAGUAGAGAAUAUGGCUUAUGAUUUGAAGACAUGGAAGGCUUGGGACACAUCUCUCACCUAGGGUCUCAGAGCUCAUGACUUCAGACACUGCAAACAUGGCUAGGAACAGAACGAUGUGCAGUGAGGAGGACCCUGCAGGGAGAACAAUGGGACAGUGGGGACAGACAGCAAGAGUCCUGUGGAGUCAGGAGACAAUUUUGUGUUUCUAUGUGGCUUCUGUUGGUGGAACAGUGACUCUGUCCUGCACCUGCUAACCUGGAUGCUCUUGCUCUGGGGUCUUUUUCAGUUAUUAACCUCACUGCCAGGCUU